AGCGCGCGCGUCCGCGCCCUUGUGUGUAUGUGUGUGUAUGCGCGCGCGCGCGCGCGCACACGCGCUAGGUUCUUGCGUUCCGCCAGCUACAGCCUGAGAAGGACGUCUGCCUUUCCCUCUUUAUCUGAGCAGUUUCAGGCAGCUGGAGGCUUCUCCUCAACGGAAUUGGAGAGCUCUGGGCCUGUGAAGGUUCCGUAGUGUCUUCCUGGGUUGGAUAUGUUCAUGUUCACGUGAAGAUGGAUUUAAUUUACAGUCUCCCGUGGAUUCUGACAGUUCUCCUGGAGGGGAUCUCUGGCCAAGGAGUGUAUGCUCCUCCCACUGUGCGGAUUGUGCACUCAGGUUUGGCAUGUAAUAUUGAAGAGGAGCGCUAUUCAGAGAGAGUCUACACUAUCCGAGAGGGAGAGACUUUGGAACUGACCUGCCUGGUGACAGGCCAUCCACAUCCACAGAUCAGAUGGACCAAAACAGCAGGAAGUGCCUCUGAUAGAUUUCAAGAUUCAAGUGUCUUCAAUGAGACUUUGAGGAUUACAAAUAUUCAAAGACACCAAGGAGGCCGAUACUACUGUAAAGCAGAAAAUGGUUUGGGAUCUCCAGCAAUAAAGUCAAUUAGAGUGGAUGUGUACUAUUUGGAUGAUCCAGUAGUAACUGUUCAUCAAAGCAUAGGUGAAGCUAAAGAACAAUUUUACUAUGAGAGGACGGUGUUCCUUCGUUGUGUUGCCAAUUCCAAUCCACCUGUUCGGUACAGCUGGAGACGUGGCCAGGAAGUCUUACUGCAAGGAUCUGAUAAAGGAGUUGAAAUUUAUGAGCCCUUCUUUACCCAGUCUUUUGACAUCGUUUCAAUGUCUUGUUGUCUUAUGGAUCCAUUAACUUUUGUUUGGUCCAUUCUAAUUUUCAAGGAGUCUGUUAUUUGGGGUGAAACCAAAAUCUUAAAGCUAAAGAAUCUUCGACCUCAAGAUUAUGCUAAUUACAGCUGUAUUGCUUCAGUGAGGAGUGUGUGUAAUAUUCCUGAUAAGAUGGUAUCAUUUAAACUCUCCAACAAGACAGCUUCUCCAUCAAUUAAACUCUUGGUGGAUGAUCCCAUAGUUGUAAAUCCUGGAGAGGCCAUAACUUUAGUAUGUGUUACAACAGGGGGUGAACCUACCCCUACACUUACCUGGGUAAGGUCCAUUGGGACUCUUCCUGAAAAGACUGUAUUGAAUGGAGGAACUUUAACUAUUCCUGCCAUCACAUCGGAUGAUGCUGGUACUUAUAGCUGCAUUGCCAACAAUAAUGUGGGGAAUCCAGCCAAAAAAUCCACCAAUAUCAUAGUGAGAGCACUAAAAAAAGGACGCUUUUGGAUUACGCCGGAUCCUUAUCACAAAGAUGACACCAUCCAGAUUGGACGUGAGGUGAAAAUAUCUUGCCAAGUAGAAGCUAUUCCUUCAGAGGAGUUAACAUUUAGUUGGUUUAAAAAUGGACGCCCCUUAAGAAGUUCUGAGCGGAUGGUUAUAACACAGACUGAUCUUGAUGUUUCCCCUGGAACAACAAACUUGGACAUCAUUGAUUUGAAAUUCACUGACUUUGGAACAUACACAUGUGUAGCAUCCCUAAAAGGAGGAGGCAUAUCUGAUAUAAGUAUUGAUGUUAACAUAUCCAGCAGCACAGUUCCACCCAAUCUGACUGUUCCACAGGAAAAAUCACCUUUAGUCACCAGAGAAGGGGAUACAAUAGAACUACAAUGCCAAGUGACUGGAAAACCUAAGCCCAUCAUCCUUUGGACUAGAGCAGACAAAGAAGUUGCUAUGCCAGAUGGGUCAAUGCAAAUGGAAAGUUAUGAUGGAACACUGAGAAUUGUGAACGUAUCUAGGGAAAUGUCAGGAAUGUACAGAUGUCAGACUAGUCAGUACAAUGGAUUUAAUGUGACACCAAGGGAAGCAUUGGUACAGCUCAUUGUACAGUAUCCCCCUGCUGUGGAACCAGCAUUCCUGGAGAUAAGGCAAGGACAGGAUAGAAGUGUCACAAUGAGUUGCAGAGUGUUGAGAGCCUAUCCUAUCCGAGUGUUGACCUAUGAGUGGCGCUUGGGCAGCAAAUUAUUACGGAUGGGUCAGUUUGAUUCACAAGAAUAUACAGAGUACACACUGAAGGAUCUAUCAAAUGAAAACUAUGGGAUUUACAACUGUAACAUUAUAAAUGAAGCUGGAGCUGGGAGAUGCAGCUAUCUUGUUACAGGCAAGGCCUAUGCUCCUGAAUUCUAUUAUGACACCUAUAAUCCUGUGUGGCAAAAUAGACAUCGAGUAUAUUCCUAUAGUCUUCAAUGGACUCAAAUGAAUCCUGAUGCAGUGGACCGUAUUGUUGCAUAUCGCUUGGGUAUAAGGCAGGCUGGACAGCAACGUUGGUGGGAGCAGGAGAUUAAGAUAAGUGGAAACAUUCAAAAAGGAGAACUCAUUACCUAUAAUCUGACUGAGCUGAUAAAACCAGAGGCCUAUGAAGUCCGUCUGACUCCUCUUACCAAGUUUGGUGAGGGAGAUUCAACCAUUCGUAUCAUUAAAUAUAGUGCUCCUGUAAACCCUCAUUUGCGUGAGUUUCACUGUGGAUUUGAAGAUGGUAACAUCUGUUUGUUCACUCAAGAUGAUACAGAUAAUUUUGACUGGACAAAACAAAGUACUGCAACCAGAAAUACAAAGUAUACCCCAAAUACCGGGCCUAAUGCAGAUCGCACUGGAUCCAAAGAAGGUUACUAUAUGUAUAUUGAGACCUCUCGGCCCAGAUUAGAAGGAGAAAAGGCCAGAUUACUGAGUCCUGUUUUCAGCAUAGCCCCCAAAAAUCCUUAUGGAGCCACAAAUACCGCAUAUUGUUUCAGCUUCUUUUAUCACAUGUAUGGACAACAUAUAGGUGUUUUAAAUGUUUAUCUGCGUUUAAAAGGACAGACUACAAUAGAAAAUCCAUUAUGGUCUUCAAGUGGAAAUAAAGGACAGCACUGGAAUGAGGCCCAUGUUAAUAUAUAUCCAAUCACUUCAUUUCAGCUCAUCUUUGAAGGUAUUCGAGGCCCUGGUAUAGAAGGUGAUAUUGCCAUUGAUGAUGUAUCAAUUUCAGAAGGAGAAUGUGCAAAACAAGAUCUAACUACUAAGAAUUCAGUUGAUGGCGCUGUUGGCAUUUUAGUACAUAUAUGGCUUUUCCCAGCUGUCGUCCUCAUCUCUAUCUUAAAUCCUCGAAGGUGACCUUAUUCUGGCAGAGGCUAUAAAAGAUUCACCAAGCACUGACAUGAAGAAAGAGUCUUUGUAAAUGGACAUUUAAAAACAAACUACCAAAGAUUCCUCCACUGACUACAGACUCCAAAACAAAACAAAACAAACAAACAAAAAAAUAGCACUGGGGAUAAAAACAUCAUGGGAGCAUAAUUUAUUCCAAACUACAUAUGAAAGGUGAUCUUGUCAUGAAUAAAGAAGAGACCUACCUUCAGGGGCUCUCCUGGCUAAUAAGAAUACAGUUUCAUCUGGUUAAACUCUGGGAAAAAAAAAAGAGCUAUAGAAAGAAAUCCUUGUCAAAGCACAAAGUCAUGACUGGUUUUGUUUCAAAAGAAUAGUUUGCUUGUUACCUUGGAAACCUAAUGGCCUGCCAACAAAAACCUCAUAGUAAACAGGGUAUGUGAAGAGCUGGCAUUUAUUUUCCCUUCAAGAAGGCUUUUAGUAGAGAAUUAAGUAAAUGUAGGCCCUUUUGCCUUUGGCUGUUACUUUUUCUUGAAAAUUACCCUAACUCAGAGCUUUUUAAGACAUUCAUGUCCUUUCCCCAUCCUCUUUUCCCCCUCCCCCAUGGCUAAGCUAGAUAACUGUAUGCUGUCUCUUUUUGCAUGCAUUAUUAUCCAGGAUGUGAAACCUGGGCUUACGUAUUACACAGGCUUAUCGGAAUUUGCUUGCGGCCACUUGAACAUCCCAACUAAGUCAUCUGUUCCAAUGAAGAAACCAAACCACUAUCUUUUAUAAAAUUGCCAUGGAAACCAAGUGCCUUCAAUGAAACAAGCCUGAAAAUUUUUCAACACAGAAGCUUGCACUGCUAAGAGUGGUUUGUGUAAAACUAUUUUAUAAACAAACUACAGAGGCUAAAUGUAAUUAGAGGCAAGAAAACAAAAUGCCACUUCUGGAGAAGAAAGAACCUAAGUUGCUUCGUAAGCCCUUUCAGAUGAGAUAUUUGUUUAACCAGCUAGACAGCCAUGGCCUUUCAGCUUAUUAUCCAUUAGAAAAUAGCUUCCACUGAUACUGGACAUGGGAACAACACUCCCCACCCCCCUUUAUUAAGUGGAUCAAUCAGAGCAAAAGAUUGUUAUUUAAAAUAUUAGGUGGUAAAAUAAAAAAAAUGAUUUGAUUAAUGUCCACUUGAAAUGAAGUUGGCCCUAACUUUAGAACUCCUAGUUUGUUGAUUGAGGGAAAAGGAAAGUGUUUGUGAUCACAGUAUAUAGAAACUCUACAGCAACACUGGAACUGAAAAAUGUCUUUAUUCUAAUUACUAAGGGUAAUAUGCCUCUGCCCUUUAGUCAGACUCUGUGCAGAUUGUGAAAUAGUAUUUUAUUAUUUUAUCAACAUUUAAAACAUACAAAUACUUUUACAAAAAAAAAAUUCUGUAAAAAUGAUUUUGAGCUACCUGAGGACAAACCAUUACCAGUUUGAGCUACCAGGACAAACCAGCCAGUUUUCCUAUGUAUUGUAAAUUUCCCUUAUAUUUGUUGGUUAUGAAACUUGAUGACCUUUUUCCUUAAAUUAUUUCAGCUUUUAACUUCAUUUAAAAAGACUUCUGUCUAAAGAAGAGUAUCAUCAUCAUUAUUAUUGUUAUCAUUAAUAUAUAUUGAUAAUGCCCCAGGGUUAAAAACUGAUUAUGCAAAUAAUUGGGAUAUACAUAUUAAGAUUUAACAUUUGAAAAUAUAAAUAUAAAAAGCACAACAAGAUGUAGUGAAACAAUGACAAGGCUUAAUAUUUCUUUCAAUUCUGUAGAAAUGUUUGUGCAAAUUAAGUAAUUCAUCUGAAAUGAUCAUUUUACAGCUAUGUUCAAUAAAGCCUCUUUCCAGGUAAGGUAUGUUAAGAUGUAUGUGUGUUUGUAUGUAUAUUCACUUAUUCACCAAGCUAAACUGAUUGUUUUUCACUGGUGAUAUUGUCAUUAGAUAUAUCUUUGCACUUCAUAUACUUUGAUGUCUAAGGACAAGAAUUUUAGAAAAAAAAUUUUUUAACUUUUGAAAAUGCCAGUUCUCUCUAAGUAGCUUAUUGGUAAAAUGCUGUUUCAAUGGUAUUGUAUCUGGAAAAUACAACAUCUUAAUUCAGAAUGGAAUCUUAUAUUUAACUAAGGAGAGAACCAUUUUAAAUCUUCAAUAAGUAUCUAAACUGGGCUAUUAAAAAUUGAAAUGUCAUAAAAACCAAUUUGACUCCUCUAACAAAAUUGAAAUGAAAAUAAUUUUUCUAUAUCAUUAAUGUUGUCUAUCCAUGCAUCUAAUUAAUCUCUUAUAUUGAUGAAAUGCCCUUUUGAUAUUGGUCUGAAUUCAAUUACUUUUUUUUUCCUUCCUUAAGUUUAAAAGAAAUCUCAUUAUGAUAGAGAUCAUAAGACUUGAGUAGAAUACUAUUUUUUUAGCCAGGCACUUCCCUUUCAUUUUAAUUAACAAAACUGAUUUUACUUGUUAAAAAACUGGUAGUAAUAAAAAUCUCUUCUUAAACCUUCACAAAACCUUCAUAAGUCAAUAAGAAAUGAUAAAGCUAGAGGUGGUUCUUUUAAAAACACACACGUAUCAAACAAAAUACCAGUAAAAGAAAGAUGGUAUAGAAUAUAUCAGUCUAAAGGGCUCUAGAUCUCUUAGCUAGACUAGAAGCUGAAUAAUUAUCUCCUUUCAAAUCAAAGCUAUAACUUAUUUUAAAAGCAUAGAAAUAAGAAACAAGAAACUUUAAUUCUUGGAAAAUGGCAGGUAAAUGAGCUAAGUAUACCCUAAUUUAGCCUAAUGUUACUUUUCUAGGUAACAAGAUUUUAGUGCACAUGGCAUAGUUGAACUGACCAACAAGAUUAGUAUGAUUUUUGGUGGUGAGAAAUAAUAUAUGAGAAGCCUAAAUUUUGUCUGAAGUAUUUUUAUUUUGUGUGAAAAAUUUCAACAGGGACCUUUAAAUCAUUGGAUUUUCUGGGUGUAGGCUGAUAGCUAUAAUUUCUGUUUACCUGUGCUACUUAAUUUGGAUAUUGCUGUAUGAUUAAUCUUUGAAAAUUGCCAGAAUUAAAAUGAUACCUAAUUUGGAUAUAGUUCAUCAAAAGGAAACAAGGAAGAUUAAGUAAAUCUUGUAUGUGUAUGUGAAUGUACAUACAAAUGACAUUUUCAUUGACUAUGCUAUGUACUAGGGUCACUCAGUAUUCUCUUUUCCUUUUUCAUUUCUUUCCCUCUGGUCCAUCAAUCUAAAUAUUUUGCUCCAUUUUUUCUUUCUUUCUUUUUUAAAAUUUAUGUCUAUUUAGCUCUGUGUCACUUCUUUCAUUGUGUCAUUUGCUGACUAUUCCUAUAACUAUUUUAAAAAAAAAAUUGUGGUUCUCCUGUGCUGAAUAAUAUAUUGCAGAUAAUAUAGUAUAUCAUAAAAGAAGUAUAGCGAAUCACAAAAAUUUAUUUUAUGACAGUUUGUUUGGGAUAUGGUAUGCCACAAUAGCACGACAAGCUAAAAUUCAUAAGUUAUUUCCCAUUGAUCACUAAACUGUCUUUGAAUUAAUUUUAAUAACUAAAACCACUUGGGUUUAAGUUGCAAACAAGCUAACUAACUGCAUUAUAUAUUAUCAGUGUAAUAAAUCAUCCCAUACCUAUUUUACAAUGUAACAAAAUCCCAAAUAUAAUUGUACUCGAUUUUCACCAACCAUACAUUUUUAUUUUAGAAGCCAUAUAAUUAAGUCAUGUUUUAACAAAAAAGUUUAAUGUAUGAAAAACAGAAUCAAAUUAAUACCACAUUUAAGGAUCUGAGAAAUUUAUAUGGAUAUUAAAGAGUUUAAAUUUUACAUAUUCAUCCUUUAUAGCAAGAUACUUUUAAGAAGGUGAGAAAAUCUGAUGCUCUCUUUUAUUUUAAUGACUAUUAUAUUUCAGGUGUAUAUUCAUUAUCAUGUUUCCAUUUAAACUUUACCUUUCAAUAGUAUGAGGUGUACCAUAGCACCUCAGGCCUGAGCAGGUUUAUCCCCAAAGGCAUCUGCCUAAUUGGCCAGCAAAUACAUCUUUCAAAGUAUUUCACAUUGUACUACAAAGAAAAGAGAUUAUUCUGGUGCUGCUGGAUGACUGAAGUCAAUUAGUAAUUAAUGAAUUUACUAUAGAAACAAUAAAAAUAUAAGAAUCAUCUCCAUUUUGCCUUUUUUCCUCCAGUGUUCCCUUUCUACCUGCCAUCAAUUUAUGGAUUUUCAGGUAGUUUGUUUUUAAAAUGAUGGCCAUAAUACUUCAAAUUUCAACUUACAAGAAAAAAAAAACCUAUGAUGCAAUAUGAAGAUUCUUCCCCCCAUGACUGUGUAUUCAACUGCAGCAUCAGAUGUGACAUUGGGAUAAAUUUCUGUAGUACUUCUAUGAAAGACAGAAAUGCUAAUUGCAUGGCAGUGGGGAGACAAAAGAAUUCUAAACCAUAGAUAAAUAUAUGGAAAAAUAGUGAAAGGGUGAGUAAUGAAAGGAUUGAAAACCAUGAAUCUACUACAAAUUCAAUCAUGGAUUGUCUUACCAUAUCUUGUAUACAUUUUAAUUUCAUUAAACUGUCAUUCAAUUUCAUUAUUCUGAUCCAGAAUAUAGUGUUAUCAGAAAUUAGAAAGUUGAAAUUGAAAGCUUUUAAGAGUGAUAAACUGAAGGUAAUAUAUUGGACAGAAUAUUCAGUAGUAAAAGCAGUAAAAUUUAGUUAUAUUAAUUUUUCAUCAGAUCAAUGAAAAAUGUACUUUAUUUUUGAACUGACAUAAAAUGAUAAGAAAAUUUAUGAAAUAGUUCUUAGUUUGUUCAAUUCUUUGUGGAUCUAGUCCAUAUUUCAUUGAUAUCCUGGCUUCUUUAAUAUGAAAAUACAGUUUUCCCUUUAGCCCCAUGUUCCAAAUAUUUUUUAGAUAUAAGUUUAAUCAAUCUUACACUGAAUUAAAUCUAUAUUUGAUUUCUGGUUACAUUAUAUACAUGUGUGCUUCUAGGUUUGAUUUGCUUUUCCAUUAGGUACUUUUUCCCCUCUGUUAAAUAGUUUCAGAUAGAUGUAUGUUAUUUUCCAUUUU